CGCGUGAACACCGGAUCGGCACUAUAGAACAUUCUGUUACUAUUUAAUUUGCAAAUAAUGAAUUAUUAAGGCUACAGCUUCUUCAAUUCGUGAUCUGUCAAAUCAGCGAACUGGCAAGCCGCGUUAUUGAUGCUUUACCUGGACUAAUGGAGACUCGCGUCAGAUAUCUAGCCCGGAGUCCAAUCUUCGAGACAGAGAAGGCUUUCAGCACAGAUUUCCCAGUUGAUCAUGUUGAAGGGGCACGACGCACAAAUCAUGAAGCUGAUGACCGGCUAAUGACUGUGGCUGCGAUUCAAAACCCUAGUCAGUGGAAGCUAGACGUGCAUGGAUUCUGUCUCCUGCACGCCGAAACCCACCUCGAUCGCAAUGACGUCUAUACGAAGAAGAGAGAGAUUCAGGACGCCUACUGGUACCAGAUCGAGGCCAUAUUGCACAAGCACUUCCCACAUUACUCAAGAAUCGAGAGUUAUGAUCUCACGGUUAGAAAAAGGGACCCUGAGUUCCCUGCCAUAGUGAGGGGAUAUCGAGACGAAUAUGAGCAGCCCUCGAGCACUGCUCACAGUGAUUAUUCUCAAAAAGGGGGGUUUCUAACUCUCCAGCACUGCUUCCCGGGACAAGACGACUAUUGGAAAGACAAAGAUUUUGACAUGCUCAAUGUAUGGCGUCCUCUGACUCCCACCGACGACUGGCCCCUGGCACUCUGUGAUUACACCACCAUCGAUACCGAGGAAGACAUCCGCAUUAACGACGCUAUACGGCGCGAUCUCGUCGGCGAGGGCUCCCUGCUACACCAUAACGAGGCCCAUAGAUGGUACUACUUCAAGGACCAAGGGGUCAAUGACUUGAUUGUGUUUCGCAACUCAGAUGCGUAUGGGAAACGAGCGCGUGGUUUCCAUGCUGCCGUCUCGAAUCCGGAAGCAAAAGGGCCGCUCCGAGAAAGUGUUGAGGUAAGACUGGUGGCAUUCUACUGAUGACGGUCCAGGAAUUCUAUUUAUUUUUGAGAAUCUGUUCAGUAAGAAACUGGGGUUUGUCCACCUAGGGUAUUUACAAGCUCUAAGAAGUGACUGUUUUGCCGCCUUGGGCACAACUAGGACCUUGGGAGGAUUGGAGUAGACAGUCAUCACAGGCAGAAAUUAUGUAAAUGGAGUCAUUAUACACAACAGAUAACGAGUAAAUAUUCAUAUUAAAUAUGCC